UUGAUACUCUCUUGCCAAGUGGUUGGAAUCGAUCCGACCUAUGGCUUUCCACGAAUCUGCGAUCAAACUGCCUCGAUCUGUGUUUUUAAGGACAAUGCAUCUGACUGUAAUCGGCCUCAGCUGGCCACAAUCACCACAUCUCACCCGGAAGAGGAGUUGGGCAAGCUGAUUGAGAUGCGAGCCAAGUGCUUCAAUGUCACCAUAGCUGUUCAUAAACAUAAAGAGAGAUGUCCAUGGUGUCCUGAUCCAUCAGAAGUGACUGUAGUUCAGCAAACGUUGCCCGAUGAUGUCCCGUCAGCAGAUCCGACUUCAGUAUUUAUGCGGUUGUUAGGAGACGACACCAUCAUGCCUCUAUCCAUGCUGGUUCUGGCAGGAACUGCUGUCAUUUCAUCGCUUGGCAUCGCUUGUGUCCUCAUAGCUUUCCUGCGUUUGAAAAGAUCCAAUCGCCAAUUUCCUUCGAAAUCACUCUCUCAACCACGUUCUCGGUCAAAUCUGGUAAAAAUACCAAUUAGAGAUGCGCCAUGGGAACAGACGCGUCCUACCUACUGGCUGUCGUCUUCAUCGAAAUAUGAAGCCACAACGACUUCGCCGCUCGAGUCGUUACGAUACCACGAGAGCACCUCUACCACCAAAUUUCUCCAAAUUCAUCGGUGGAAUCUGAGCAAGAACCUGGCAAGUGAUCUAGUAGCCCAGUUGGGCUUACCUCUAGAUCCCGGUACGGGCUUGAAUGCAAGACAAGCUGUUGGCGAAAAACCAAGAAUGCGUUUAAUAUUUUUGGAGGCGGAAAAAUGAAGUUGAAAAAUUCAUUUCUGGCCAAAUUAUGCGCUUGAAAUUAUCAGUGCAUCAGUAUCUACGAAACAAGAUAGUUGCAGAACAAGCCCUCUGAUGCAAAUAAGAAGCGUAAACUACGUUGUAUGCUCAUAGAUUGACAAAGCACAAAUCGAAUAAAUAUAUAAGGAUAGAUUUGCUGCGAAAGUCGAGAAAAUCUUGGACAUUCUGGAAAACAACAAGUACUAUCAGCACGGCAGAGGAGAGACUUGAAUUAUCUGAGCAGUCCUACGCUGGAAUAAGCACAAUUGGCGGACGAUAAUCCAUUUUUUUGUUCCAUUCUGAAAAAGUGAGGACCGUCGGGCUUUGUUUCAUAAUGCACAUGAUAUGAAUAAGGUUUCGAAUUUGGUGGUUUUGCUAUUGUCUCGUUCCAUAACAAAUCCUCUACUGUCUACACUAGUGUUUUGUAUCAACUGCCUAUUGCUUUGUAACUAUGAAAGUUCACAUUUCUUUGCAAAAACGUUUCUUUUAAAUCCCGAUAGGCUAAGUUUGGAAAAGUUUUGAUUUCAGCAGAUGUUCAUUCAAGAUCUUGCUUUCCUUGAAGAUUAUAUCAAGUAGUCGCUCAAUGAUUUUUUUAUAGGACUGGAUAUUUUGAAUC